AAUGGAGGAAUAUUGUACAAAAGACCCGGUAAUUAUUAUAAUUUCUUUACGUUGACACGUACGAGGACUGGUAACGUGCGUUCGUAAGACGUAUGACCGGAAGAGAGCAAAGUGAGGAUGCAGGCAGCGCGUAUAGUUUAAUUGUUUUUUUAGUUGGUUGACUUCUCAGCCGAAAGCUCCCCUUCUGUUACGUUUGAGAGUGUGCGUGGAUAUACAAAACCACACUCACAGAUGUUUUGCGCAUGUACCACUAUUCCUGGGUUCUACGCAUAAUUCCCAUGCAAGUAGGCCUAAACCAACUAUGGACUAGUCAAUGGUGUCUGACUCUUCAUAUUAAGUUCAGUAUACAUUCACAGUCCUGACCGACUGUCCGCAGCGUUUCUAUUUCACCUGAACCAAGUGUCAUUUAGAUCAAGUCACCCUACAGUUCAAAUAUAUUAACCCGUGUAAGUACCACGAGAUCAACCGCUGUCUAUUAAUAGUCUGGUGUUCUAAAUAAUCGUAAGGAACUGGUUAUACGUGUAGGUCACUGCAUAGUUCCUUUAAGCCACUGGUCUUGUAGAGUUUUCGAGGUAUGUUACACUGGAGAACCUUUGGACGCAAACUAUAAGAAAUAAGCAACAGAAAGGUAACGACUAUGACAUCCUAGACUCUAUUUUGUGUAUAUGAUUUAUAUAGCCAAAGGAAAAAUCACACCUUUGAUUUCAGCCGUCAUUACUUGCAGUGUUGCGAAGAUGGUGUUUUAAAACAAAAACAAAAAGAUGGUAGCAGACAUAAAUUUACAUAAAAAGUCAAGGCGCUCGGAAGAAUUCCCACAGAAUAGAGGUGGGGGGACAGGCGGCAAUGCGCGCUUGUGUAGGAAUGGCGCAUUUCCCCCGACACGCCCCUACACUGGUGUGUAGGGUUAAUACAAAGGAGGUGUGGCUUGCUUCAGUUACAGCUCAUCCCUACUGUAAAACCAAAACAUUAUCUCUUGACUGACACAGCUUACAGCGGACUGUACCCUCACACACAUUGGGGUGCUCUUUCUACCGUCCCCGAUCGCUGCGGCAGACCCACACAUGUGCGUGGAUAUUCGUGAUUCAGUACGACCGUGAGCACAAAUUAAUGGAUUAGCUUCUGGGUGAAGUAAAAGAGCAUAACGAAACAUGUUUGCUCUGUAAUCCUGUGGAAUAGUGCUCCGGGACUGGACUACAAACCGACGCCAGAGCAAAGCAAGCUUGUAUUAUUUACUGGCAAUCCUGAUGUGGAAAGCGGAUAUAAAGACAGGCGUUAAUUACAGUAUUCAAAGGAAGACCACUGAAGGAAAGUAUUUGGACUGCGAUGUUUGCUAGGAACAGCGGCCAUACCCAAGUCAUCAUCACCUUACAUAACUGGAAUUUGUGUACGGGUAGCGACCAAGACGUUUGAUGAACUACCCUUCUCUCCAGCUGCAGUUGGUGCCUACGUUGCGUAGGAAGACUUUGACUCGCAGACAGUUGUGGAUAAGAAGCAACGUUGUUUUUUCCACCGAUUUUAAAAAUAAAUUUAAAGUGUGUUUUGUACCACUGUCAUACUCCUGACUCCCCAGCCGCACUGUAAUAGCCUGUCCUCCUUCAGGUGGGAGACUUCUUGUCGUUUUUUGACGGGAAACAAAGACAGAAGCUGGUGAAUGUGAAUAACUAGUAGCCUACUUUUCAAAGACUACCCACGAGAAAUUAAACGCUUGAAGGAAAAACAAACGACUUCAACCGCAAUAAUAACAACAACAACCUGUGGCAGUAACAGCCCGAGCAAGUGGCGUGACUUAUUACCAACGGAUUUAACCCUGAAAGACUGAUUUUCCACUUAAGUGAAUGAAUUAUGGUGCGCGUACCUCCGUCCUAAAUUUCACUUUCAAUUUUUACAAAAUGCAGAACGAUUUUUCAAGCCGAGGCGCAACCGUAAAUUUCGUUACGGGAGUAAAGAAUGACGGUGGCCCAUAUGUAUCUGGCUUCGCCGUGGAGGCCGAUGCUGACAGACCCGUAAAUCAAGGGGAACUUGCGUUUGGCGCGGGCGACGUGCGAGUCCUGCAGGAGAAGCAGGCUUACUGCCGACAGAGAAGCAGGGUGACCAAAGAGCUGGGGGGUGGCGUGGAUUCGGUGGGGAGGGGGCACCACAACUGCGACGCCGAUCAGCAUCCUAACGUGGAAAAAAAUCACAUCUCCGGUCCCGCCGCAGACCAGGAUAAUCCAGUUAAUAGAAAUGGGAUAGCGGACGAGUCUGGUGGAGCGCGCAUGAAGGUGCCCUGUAGCUUUAGUUCGUCCCUGUGUUUUUCUGGAGGAACCAAAGACGAGGGGGAUAGAGCCGCUUCUUUAUGUAGGGGCAGUGGGAUAGUGCGGAGUCAGUGUCAGGAGGAGGGGCGGGGGACCUCCGCGCCUGUCACUUAUUGUGCUUCUGCGGGAGCGCAGCCAGCGCACGGUUUAGGUCAUAUGGUCAGUGCCUCACAGGGCAAUGAUCGGAGGGAGGGCGACACGAUACGAGGAAACCCGCUCACGCAAUCGACCGAAGGACGGUGGGAAAAUGGAAACGGAAUAACAAGUAUCUAUUCUUUGAAAGGAGAUCCGGAUUUAGUGAUUGAGGUGUCUGGAAAGAAAAUCCAGGCGCAUAAAUCAGUCCUGGCAGAGAAAAGUGACUAUUUCAAAGCACGGCAGUCUAGAGAUAUUCUUAAAGUGAAGGGACUGAGUUACAAGACAUUGACAGUGCUGGUGGAAUAUAUAUAUUCGUCUCGGAUGAACGUGAAUAAGGAUAAUGUCGUUGACGUGAUCACCGGGGCGAAGAUUCUUCAAAUCCCGUGCGCAGUUCAAGCUGCGAUGGACACCAUGUCGGAUCAAAUCACCGCCGAGAACUGCUAUGAGAUUUUAACUAUAGCGAAAAAGCAAAGGUUAAACGAGCUGAAGGAGACGGCGUAUCGUUUCAUGAGUGACAACUUUCUGCAGAUUUUAAAGGACCCCGCGGUAUAUGGGCGUCUGACGGGAUCGGAGAGAGACCUCAUCCUCAAAACGAGAAUGGAAGGAAAGAAGUCUGUGAUGGUGGCCGAAAUAAACGACGUUUACGACCGUGUGGGGAGCAGACCUCAGAGCCGGAAUAACAGCCGUCCACAGAGCCCGCUAUCCGUGGCUUCGUUUGAAGAAAACCAUAUGAUAUAUUAUUAUAACGAGAAGACUAAAGACUGGAGAUCGCUGACUAUGAUGCCCGAAGAUAUAAACACAAAGGGCUGUGGGAUUUGCACAAUGUAUAACUAUUUAUUUGUAGCGGGUGGAAUAAAAGGCUCCGGGGACAAAGGGAAGCUGUCGGAUAAGGUGUUCUGCUACAAUCCCGUCACGGACGCCUGGAGCGAAAUCAAACCCCUGAACCAAGCGCGGUCACAGCUGAAGCUGGUGUCGAUGGACGGCUUUCUGUACGCUAUAGGAGGAGAGUGCCUAUUUACGGUGGAAAAAUACGACCCCCGUAUGGACAGGUGGACUACGGUGGCACCCCUGCCCAAAGGAGCGUUUGCUGUGGCUCACGAAGCGACAACCUGCAACGGCGAGAUGUACGUGUCUGGCGGCUCGCUCUUUUAUCGCCUCCUCAAAUACGACCCCAAAAGGGACGAGUGGCAGGAGUGUCCGUACAACAACAGCAGGAAGAAGUCCACGGACAUGGUGGCCUUCAAGAGCUUCAUCUAUAGGUUCGACGUGAACCGCGAUCACGGCGUCAACGUGUUCAAGUACAACACCAUAGUGAAAAUGUGGCACGACAGCGCGUCCCUGGCGCAGGCGAACCCCCUGCCUUUCAGGUGCGCGGUCAUGGCGAACUGCAUCUACUGCGUGAAUAAAACGCAGACGCUCCGAUUCGUAGUGGGGGAAGAUGAUGCCCAUUUUGAGGAGGAACCGUUGAAAGCCCCCUUUGAGGCCAAGGGCGUCCUCUUUCCCUUUAUCCUAAGUGUACCCGAGAGGUUGGACCGGAACACGUAGUCAGUGUAAUAUAAAGGUUAAUGCGCGCCUGGCUUUUCGAAAGUAGUUGAGACUGUGGACAGGAGCAGUUAAAAAAAAAAAAAAAACCCAGCCGUGUUUAAUGUUCAAAAUUAACUUCAGUUUCACGCAAAUAUCUACAUAUAUUUUUUGCAUGGAGAAUGGGAACAUAUAAAACACGACCAGGCCUUAAAAAACGACGUAACUGUCGGAUUUAAGUAUACAUUUGAAAUGGUUUCAAUUACAAUAACAAUAUAUUUGCGGUUCAUUUGAUGUAUUUUUCUUGUGCACGUUUAGUACCUCUGUUAAAACAGUAAGAAUAGACUCAGUGUCUGGAAAAUCCUGAUUGGUAACAUUCGUAUAAACCUAAAAAUAUUACGCGGGGGUAUCAGAGUAGCUGUAAUCCGCGCAAAGUAACCCUCGGUCUAACAGCAGUGCUUCGUGAUCCUAGUCACCAUCACAAACCUAUGCAAACCAGCGAGACUAUCAGGGAAUCUCGCCUUACUUCGAGGAAUACAGGCCCAUGUAACUUAAUUAUUUGUUUAAAAGGCGUAAAAUAUCCUGUUAAAAUGUUUAUGUGAUAAUGCAUAAUGAAAUUGGAUGAACAUCGGAGCCUAAUAUCAAUUUGUAAACUUAAUGAGAAAUUAUAAAUAUUUGGAUUCCAGCUGAGUCGGCAUGGCCUGCAUGCACGAAUAAGCAAGAUUAUUAAGUGGGAUCAAAAAGAAAGCGUGACGAAUUUGUUUUUGUCUGUUUUUAUUGCCAUGUUGCUGUCGUGAUCCGGGGUAGGCCUAUGAAUCUGAGCAGACAUUCCUCAACUCCGCUAUCCGUGCUACUAACUAAAUUAUUCACUUAAGCAUAUUGAGCAAAUUCCAGGCUGCAUAAGGAUGUUAAGGAUAAACAUUUAAGACGUAAAUGCUGAACUUUAUACGAUUUUUGCUAAGCUAAAAAUGUAACGUGAAGCAAUAAUCUGUAGGCUACCUGUACCACAAUAUCUCUAAAAGACACAACAGUUUUUGGAGCCGGGCGAUUUAUUUAAAGAAUUUUUUUUAAAUAAAAUUAAGUGAUAGUGAUUAUGUAAAAAAAAAAAAAUGUUUUAAUAUAGAGUCGAAGCUGACACUGUCACAAACGUUAACUGCGUCUAGUUGCACAAAACAGCCCAAGCUGCACAGCGCGCCAUCGCGUACUGCUCCGUCUUAAAGCGGGAAUGAACUGUCACUUUCUGGGACUACAAGACUGUUUUACGGAGACACGGGGGUUCACUUUCCUUCCAACAAUAAGACGCACUGAACACAUAAAGCCAUUUAACACCCCCUCCCAGGUGGAAAUCUUCCCUUAACUCACACUGUCCAGCUUUCUUCUGUUGUACACCAAGUAGAAGCAGGCAUGGUAAACCUCAAAAAAGUUUAAUUUCUGCUCUUCUCUACCAAGAAAAAAACUGAAAGCACUUUUACCGCAGCUUCAACUUCUAACACAUCGCCUCCAUAAGCCAAACACGUAUUAAGAUCUGGGUUUGCGCUUAGAGGAUGGUACGUGUGAUGCCGCAGUUUUCUCUUUGAGUUCGAUUUUAUAGGUGGAAUUCCCACCUUCCUGCAUCUACGCGACGUUUCGUUCAAUUUAACUCGAUAAAAAAAUCUUCUGCAGAGAAGCAAAAAGGUUAGAUUUUAAGUGUCAGGAUUUUGUGUUUUUUUGUUGUUUUUUUCUAACAGAUGUGGAUGUGACAGAUUUGUUGAAGCUGUUUUUUUAUAUUUUGCUGUCUGGCUUCAAUGUGGAGGACGUGGACUGUAGAAUGCGGCUUGCUGUUUAAAGAAAUUACUAGAAAAAAAGCAUUAUUUUGAAAGUGUAGAGCCCAUAUCCUUCUUACCAUAAACUUUAUUUAAUAACAGUUAUAACGCAUUAUAGCUUUUAAAUUUUAUGCUUUUAAAUUGUCAGAUGUUGUAUUUCAGUCAAAAUUAUGUGCACAAAAUAAAAAAAACUCAUUUUCAUGUA